AUGCCUAGUGGUUCCGGCUGGAGAAGAUCCUGGAGCAUCCAUAACGAUGGGAAUCACAAUGGUACCGGUGUUGCCACCAUUUCCCGAACAUUUGCUGAAUCGGAGGGACUUCCGCUGUAUUUUAGGCUACGACAUUUAUUGGGUCUUAUGAAUUACAACGCUCAUUUCGGUUGGUCGGAGCUGGUCGUUUGUUUCGGUGUAGUUGGUCUCUCAACUGCAACAGUCGUUCAUGGGACCUCAGUAUUAUCCGGCUAA